UUGAAUGAAAUCUGGCAACCGUCGAUACCGGAAGUGCUCGUUGUCAGCCAGCGCGGGAAAAGGGUCUGUUUGGAUGAGAGCGCGAAGUGACCUGUACCGAGCAAUUCUUACCAGAGAUACAUCUUAAAUUGACCAGUGUCAGGAUGAAGGUGGUGACUUGUGAGAUUGCCUGGCAUAAUAAGGAGCCAGUAUACAGUAUGGACUUUCAGCAGAAUGGUGGGGGAAGGAUUCAGCGCCUGGCUACAGCUGGAGUGGACACCACAGUGCGGAUGUGGCGUGUUGAUAAAGGUCCUGAUGGGAAGGCGGUUGUUGAGUUUUUGUCUAACCUGGCACGACACACUAAAGCAGUGAACGUGGUGCGUUUCUCACCUGCUGCUGAGCUUUUGGCUUCUGGAGGGGACGAUGCGGCUAUCCUGCUUUGGAAGCUGAAUGACAAUAAGGAACCUGAACAAGUUCCAACUUUCCAGGAAGAUGAAGAUGCUCAACUCAAUAAAGAGAGUUGGAGUGUGGUGAAGACUCUAAGGGGACACAUUGAGGAUGUGUAUGAUAUCUCAUGGACCAGCGAUGGAAAUUUUAUGGUUUCUGGCUCUGUGGACAACACUGCCAUCAUGUGGGACAUCAACAAAGGUCAGAAGAUGUGCAUCUUUAAUGAUCAUAAGAGUUAUGUGCAGGGAGUAACAUGGGACCCCCUUGGUCAGUACAUUAGCACCCUAAGCUGUGACAGGGUGAUGCGUGUGUACAGUGCUCACACCAGGAAAAAAGCUUACUGUGUGAGUAAACUGACAUCGACCGCUGCUGCAGAUGGAGAGGUAAAGAACUACAGAAUGUUCCAUGAUGACAGCAUGAGAUCAUUCUUCAGACGUCUCACCUUCACACCAGAUGGGUCAUUUCUUCUUGCACCAGCUGGUUGUGUUGAAGUUGGAGAGAAUGUCACAAACACCACAUAUGUAUUUUCCAGAAAAAGCUUCAAAAGACCCAUAGCUCAUCUGCCCUGUCCAUCUAAAGCAACUUUGGCUGUGAGGUGCUGCCCGGUUUUCUUUGAGCUCAGGACCAAGAAAGCUGAAGAUGGUUCACUGAAGCCAGUGUCAAACGCAUUUAAUUUACCAUAUCGGCUGGUGUUUGCCGUAGCGUCAGAAGACUCAAUCUACUUUUAUGACACACAACAGACAGUGCCGUUUGGAUAUGUUUCCAACAUCCACUACCACACGCUCAGUGAUCUCAGCUGGUCUCGAGAUGGCUCCUUCUUGGCAGUGUCCUCCACUGAUGGCUACUGUUCCUUCGUGUCAUUUGAGGAGGGGGAAAUUGGCACCCCACUGAAGGAACGGCCUCCACUAGAAAUGGUGACCCCAUCCUCCACCAAUGAGAAGAAAGGAAAGAGACUUUCCGCCAAUGGCAGGACCUCUUCUCCUGUGCCUCGCUCAACCAACACACCUGCUGCACAGGAAAAGAAGAAAGAGGCACCUGCUGUUCCUGCCGCCUCCAAAACCCCCAGUGUAUCUGGUCCAGAAGAAAAACGCACACCCCAAGGAACCAGAAUUAAACCUCAGCCCAGACGGAUUACACUCAACACCCUGGAAGGAUGGGGCAAACCCAGCACCCCCAAAUCACCAGCAUCUACCCCUAAUACAGCCCCUAGCACCCCCAAAUCUGCCCCCUCCACACCUGCCUCCAGCAAAGGACCACUUACACCCCAUACUGCCCCCAGUACUCCUCUUGGGCCCAUUAACUCUAAAAGCACCACCACUCCAAAGGGACCCACUCCUAGACGGAUUUCACUGACACCAGUUGUAGCCAAGUCUCAGGUUUUUGUCUCCCCGUCUUCUACUGAGAAAGCAAAGCAUGAAAGACCAUCUCCACCCAGUGACCCGGCAUGCAAACCUCCAGAAUUUAAAAGGUCCAAAACUGAUGGUCCGGUUGACACUGCACAGAGCAGUGGGAGUGAAGAAAAAAGUGCCAAACCCCAGCAACCUUAGACACUAAACACAGUUCAUUGUGCCUUAUUAGCAUUCAGAGAUGAAGUACGUCUAUUAUACCAUUAACUCAAUCCUGUGCUGCACAUGUUUACACGGACAUAUGGAGUCAGACAUGGACAUGCAAAUCUUCACUUAGUGAUUAAAAUAUCUUCCUACUUUGUAUGAGCAUAUGUUAUUUGAAGAAAAUUUUGUAUAAUUUUCAAACAACCUGUUUUCUUAUCAGUUUAAAAUGUAUUUUGUCUUAUUAUCAAGUCUUAUGGACUUGAAUGCUUUAUUUUUGUGCCGUCAUUUUAAAUGUCAUAAAACGUUGUCAAAAGUGGUAUAAAGUUAUUCAAGAACUAAACGUUUUUGAAAACUUUGCUUUCUUUGUUUUGCUCAGCUGCAUUUGGUCAUAAAGAUUAGCUUGACCAUUAGGGAACAACUUUGGAAAAAUGACUAAUGACUUCAUUUAUAAAAUAUACUAAAUGAAAAAUGUAUAUGGGGGCAUGCAUAAUACAUGUGUGGGACCUUUUCUGGAAACAUUACACAAAAGUUUUGUAUAAAUAAUACGGUUCAAUUUGUUAACAUUAGUUAACUGCAUUAGUUAACGCUUGCAAUAAACAGUACC